AAGAAACCGGAAGUCCCCAAAUUGUCCAAGAAGAAACUGAGGCGGAUGAACCGUUUUGCUGUGGCUGAGCUGAAGCAGCUGGUGGCCCGCCCCGAUGUGGUGGAGAUGCACGAUGUGACGGCGCAGGACCCCAAGCUGCUUGUCCACUUGAAGGCCACCCGCAACUCGGUCCCCGUGCCCCGCCACUGGUGUUUCAAGCGCAAAUAUCUCCAGGGGAAGAGAGGCAUCGAGAAGCCGCCGUUUGAGCUGCCGGAAUUCAUUAAGCGCACCGGGAUCCAAGAGAUGCGGGAAGCCCUGCAGGAAAAGGUGUGGAAGGAAGCUUUGUUGUGUAGCAUAGAGGAUGUGGUGGAAUGUAGUCCAGAUUCCCAAGAGGCUGGAAGUACAUCCCAAGGAAAAAAAGAUAGCUGGGAGGAAGAGUAUCAGGCGAACUCCUCCCUAGAAGUUCUCAGAGUAAAUCUUUGA